CGGGCGUAAACCUUCUACAGUUGUGUCGAUGUACGAUCAGGAACAACCACUGACACAGCCACCGCCACAAUCACAGUUGGAAAUGCUUCAAACAAUGUUAAAAGAUCCGGAAUGUAGUGCCGCAUUUGAAGAUUGGUUUCGUUCGUUGCCACAACGAAAUGAAACCGGAGGAGACGAUGAGAGCGAUGAUGACGACAGUUUCAGGAAACCAACUUAUAUAUUGUCACCUGCUGCAGUGUCUGCUGACGACAUCUUCCGUGUUCUCGAGGCUGAUAUGGAGUUUGUUUCGGGUCAUGAACUCAAGGCCAUGACAUCUCUAGGUGGAGGAGUGUAUGGUGUAAAUCCACCGAUGUCUUGUAAGUCGAGCUCUUUUGAUGCUUUACAAGAGGUUAUGGAGGUGCCAAAGACCAAGAGACUGAAACUGUCUGCUAUGGAGGACGGCGGUGGUUACUCAGAUGGGCAGCAGAAGGUAUCGCAUAUCACGGUGGAGAGGAACCGGAGGAAACUGAUGAACGAAAACUUGUCUGUUCUCCGUUCACUUAUGCCUUGCUUCUAUGUCAAAAGGGGUGAUCAAGCAUCAAUAAUCGAAGGAGUAGUUGAUUACAUCACAGAAUUGCAACAAAUUCUACAAUCCCUAGAGGCCAAAAAACAAAGAAAAGUUUACAGUGAAGUUUUGAGCCCUAGGCUUGUUUCAAGCCCCAGGGCCUUAUCUCUCAGCCCCCAGAAACCGCAUCUUAGCCCUAGGCCAAGCCUGCCGAUUAGCCCCACAACCCCACAACCAUACAUGUCCAGGCUGCCGCCACCUUCACCUUCACCUUCAACUACUUUCAUAACUUCAGACAGUGCUAAUGAGCUCGUUGCUGCAAAUUCAAGGUCAGCCAUGGCUGAAGUUGAGGUCAAGUUGGUGGGUGGUAAUCUUCUUCUAAAGACUUGUUCAAAGCGGGUACAAGGCCAAACAACGAAAGUAAUAGCGGUUCUUGAAAAGCUAGCUCUUGAAGUUCUUCAGGCUAACAUUAGUAUUGUUGAUGAAGCCAUGGUUCACACCUUUACGAUCAAGAUUGGAGUUGACUGCCAACUAAGUGCAGAAGAACUUGCUGAACACAUUCAACACACAUUCGGCUAA